GCGUAAUGAAAUAGAAAAUUCGAUUUUCCGCAAUUGAAAAUUUCUUAUCAGGCAGCUAAGCAGGCGGGCAGCCAGGCAGCUUCAGUCUCAUUUGGUCCCUGCUGCUAGCAACAACCGGACGUGUCGAUGACGAGCAUUGAAAGCGACUUGACGCAGUUUGUGGCGCAUUGCCGGAAGCAGGAAUUCAGCGAGUCGGAAAUGCGCAGCAUAUGCCAGCCAAUCCUCUGGCAUUGGCGACUAUUGCAACUGAGAAAGUGGAUGCAGUGGCUCCUGCUGCCCGGCGUGCUAAUCUAUCUGCUGUGGAGCUACUGCGAUACUUGCGCCUGGACAUUGAGCGCCCUGGGGCGCUUGUUGCUGAUAGAGCUGCUGCCCUACUGGAACUGGACGCCCUACUACAACGCCAAGUGUCUGAUCGAACGAGCAGCGGAGCAGAGCACUGAUUGGCAGCCAAAGGCGUUGGGCAAACACGAAACGCUCUGGGAGAACUGUGAGCUGUGCGAGCAGCUAGGAAGCAUACCCGUAGUCUCCAAUGCCAGCUACUCCCUGCUGGAAGCGGAGUAUCUGGAACGUGGUCUGCCAGUGAUUGUGAGCGACUGUCAGCUGGAGCUGAAUUUGGACAAGUUGCUGCAGCGCAUGCUGGAUAGGACACCAGAGCUGCUGGCAAGCGAGCCUUGCGAUGUCUCCAGCAAUCUAAUGCUGCGACGACUCUUCAGUUUGGAUGCUGCGCUGCAGAAGAUACCCACAGCCUCCGCCUGGCAUCUGCAGUUCCGCAACUGUGAAUCGAAAGCUGUAAAGGCUUCGCGUCUCUAUGCAGACAAACCCUACUACUAUCCGGUGCAUCUGGAGCCCUACUAUUCCAGCUGGCUGCUGUUGGUCCAUCAGCUGAGGCGUCCCCAAACGGAGAUCUAUGUGCGAGGCCUGAUCUUUGUGCAACAGCUGAGUGGCCACUUCGACUGGCAGCUACGUCCGAAGCAGCCCUGCCCGGACUACAAUUGUCCUAACCUCAGCUUGCGCUUAGAUGCGGGCGAGUGCCUGGUCUACUCCACGGAUAUGUGGCGCCUCAGCUAUGGCGUGCAGCAGCAGCCAAAUGGCAGCGACACCUCAAUUGCCACAGUGUUCGAGGUGAAUUGGCAGCUAUAGAAAACGUGACAAAGUGGAAUAUGAAACCAUAAAGAAAUAUAAAUAUAUGUAAUACAGAUAAAUUAUGUUGAGCCGGGCAGAAUCAUUGCAAGUCUCCAUACUGUCCCAAGUCUAUUACAGAUCGAUAUCCAUAGAUUUCC